GUUUGACUCUCUGCCCCUCCCCCACUGUAGAAUGUUCAAUGCCACAUUCUGGAGCUGUUUACUUUCAAACUUUUCAAAGCUGUGGCUGGCUCUCUUGAGCAUCUGCCACACAUUGGUGACUCUUGGCGUGAUUCGUCUGAGUUUUCCUAUCAUGGAUCCCAGCAGACAGGCAUGGUUACUGGCCAAGCCUGUAGGAAUAACUUCAGAAGCAUCUUCACUGGGACGGAACAUGACUGUCAACCCCGGGGCCUCCGUGCCUACAUUUGCUACCCUGCCUGUUCUUCCACCUGCCCCCCAACCAGCACCCCAGUUAUUCUGGGAGCCCCCAGCACCCCUCAUGACUGCAGGCAUCUCUCCCAGGAACCCUCUAGUGCUAUCUGCCUUGCCGGGGAUGUCUUUGGUGGCAGAAGAUGGAAGCACUACCCUGGGUACAGCUGUACCUCUGAACAUUGUGCAAGUUGGGACACCAGGCAGGCCUGUACAGCCCACGCACAAUGCCAGCAUUGUCCUCACUCAGGUCCCCCUCAAUUGUAAUGUCCCUGUGACCCAAGGCGGGGGUGUGGGGCGCCCUGCUUCACUCUUCAUGACAACACCUGCUGCAAACACCUUCAUAAAUGCUCAAAUUGCUUCGGCUGUCCAGCCCCAAGAAGGAAUGUGGGUCCUGAGCUCCCACCCUCCCACCACACAGCCAGUUGUCCAGCUGGUUCCUGUCAGGUCCCCGGUGAACUCAGCACCAACUCCAAAAGGAGCAAUUGGAGACAGUGGUCCAGCCAAUGUCCAAACCAACUCCCCAGAAAACUACUUGUCCAAACCAGAUAGCGUCUAUGGGAACUUCCGGCGCUGGCAGCACAUCAAGACUCUGGUCCAGCGGCACCUAUCCCAGACUCCUGACAUGUCAGCUUUCUCCUGCUUCCUCAUCCCAGUGCUUCGGUCCCUGGCCCGGAGGAAGCCCACCAUGAAUGUAGAGGAGGGCCUGUGGAGGGGUCUGCAGGAAUGGCAGUGUACAAGCAACUAUGACCGGAUGAUCUUCUUUGAGAUGGCGGAAAAGUUUACAGAAUUUGAAAGUGCAGAAGAGAUGGAGAAUUCAAGGCUGGAGAUGGAGAAUUCAAGGCUAGAGAUGAUGAGAAGUAUCCAGUGCCAAGUUCUUACAACCACAAGGAAAGAUCCUCCAUGGCCCCCAGCUCCUGAGGUGUUUGAGGAACCAGCAUGCAACUCCAUGAAGACUGACCCCAGGACUGACCCUGCCUGCCUCCCAGUACUCAGACACAGGCAGUUACGGAAGACGGAGGCACCCAUGGAAAUUCCACCGGAAGCCGUGCAGGAAUACAUGGAUAUUAUGGACUGGCUGGAGAGGCUUCCACAGUCAUUCUCAGGAGAGCCCACAGAAAAGGAGGAAGAGGAGAGCAGCGGGCCAGAGCAGGAAGGAGAUGACCUGCACUCAGACGCAGGGCUCCUGAGCUACAUUGAUGAGCUGUGCUCCCAGAAACACUUCGUUGAGCAAGUGGAGGCCAUAAUAAACCCCCAAUUUGUGGCAGAAAUCCUAUCUUCCAAACCAGAGAUGGACAUACUGUCUCUAAUGAAGGAGCUGGAGUAUGAGGAAGAACUCAGUGUUGAGCAGCUGCUGGAGGAGCACUGUCUGGCUUUGAAGAAGAAAGGCUGUAAGAGGGCACCUCUGAACCCCGGUGCUCCUCAGAUACUUACCAAUGCUUCUGUACAGACUGUCUGCCAGGGUGCAAAGAGAGAUGUCCAUGGUCCCCAGAGAGGGGCCAGUGCACAGAAAGGUUCCUCACAGGGGCCUUCUUUAGACCAUAAGCGUCCUGGAGCUACCAAUGCAGAAAUAUGGGUGCCUAGGCCUACUGUUUUCCCAGGUAGUCAGUGUUUACCCUCACUGGGAGACAUUGGGUCCACUGUUAUUCCCUGUGGCAGAGGAACCCAUCCCCAAAGCCCAGGGUCCAGAUGUGCAAUGAGCCUCAGAGGAGUUCCUACUAUGGAGGAGUUCCAGGAGUCACUGAGCAAAACCAUCGAGGACAAAGAGGAGCUCCCCAGCCUGUCCUUCCUCCUGUGGUCCCAGUACAGGCUAGUGCCAUGGAAACUGUCCAGCCACUUGUGCCCCUAUUCAGGUCUCUCUGACUCUGCUAGCAUCCCCAAACCCUUAUCUCCAAAGAUAAGAGGCCUCAGUCCUGACAAGUCAAAGAAGCGAGCUCUCAUUGGAGGCUUGACUCCUAUGGCUAAGAAGUCCAACCCAGGGCUUGGUCAUGGGGUGUUUGAAGGGCCACUCUCAGCCUUGGGGCUCGCUCACCCCUUGCCGGCUCAGAAGAAGAAGCUUGAGUCACUGGGCACCCGGAAGAGGAAGAGAAAGAAGCGGCACUGA